GAGAGAUGGCGCGACUGUUGCACAAGAUGGCUGCACGUGUAAAAAUUUAAUAUUAAGACUCAGGAAACUUUGUAGAUAGUAUAGUCGUUUAAAUAUGUGUGAUCAUAGAAAAUAAUUAAUGAAUAAUAAUAAUUUAAUAUAUAAAUUAUUUAAUUAUGACAUCAGUGAUACUUUAUCCUAAAGUAUAUUAAAAUUCGUCUACAUGUUCCUACUAUAUCUUUCAUUGCGACACUCAUCACCUGAUCAGUCUCAGUCGUGAUAUUUAUACAAGUACUUUGACUUUUUAGAAUAUUAAAUUAAUUCCUUAUACAGUUUGUUUAAAUAAUAAUAAUAUUUAUUUAUAAAGAUUUGAAAAAGUGCAAUAUUGUUCAUAUGUUAAUUUAUGAAUUAAUCAUAAAUCGUAUAUCAAUAAUGAGACUAGACUACUACUGUUAAUGCAAAAUGAAACUUAACAUUAUAAGAAGAUUUGAAUGGUUACAUAAAGUAAAUGCUAUAAAAGAUAAAUUAUUUUCAUCGAAAAAUUUAUUAUACACCAAUGUAGCAGUAUCAAUUUCUCUUUCAGCAGUAGGAGAUAUGAUAGAACAACACUAUGAAAUAAUCAAGGGCCAAUGGGAAAAAUGGAGUCCAAGCAGAACAAAGAAUAUGGCUGUGAGUGGCAUGUCCGUUGGUAUUUUUUGUCAUUUUUGGUACAAACACUUGGAUUCUAAGUUAGCUGGACGCACUAGUAAAAUUGUACUGAAAAAAGUAAUAAUUGAUCAGUUAAUUGGUUCCCCACUUUGUAUAGGAAUAUUUUUUUUAACAACGGGACUAAUGGAAAGAAACAAUUUGUCAGAAUUUAAAAAUGAGAUAAUUAAUAAGGCACAUAAAUUGUAUAUAGCAGAAUGGAUAAUAUGGCCGCCAGCGCAGAUCAUUAAUUUCUCUUUUCUUCCAACUAAAUAUAGAGUAUUGUAUGAUAAUACUAUAUCACUUGGUUAUGACGUUUACACGAGUCAAGUUAAAUAUAACAAAAAUGAUGUUACAUGUCAAUGAUAA